AUGAGCGCGGGUGACGAAACGGAAAAUGAAACGAAACAAACGGACCACAUAAACGAAAUCGUUCUGUCGGACGAUGUGCAGCUCGCAAUCGAACAUGUGCUUAAGAGCUCCGAUCCGCUGGACCAGCCCGAUUUCAACCCAACCGAUUACAUCAACCAACUUUUCCCGAACGAGCAAUCGUUGUCUAACAUUGAUGAGGUCAUUGCAAAGAUGGAAUGCGAUAUUAGCUUAAUCGACGACAAUAUUCGCAGUGUCGUGCGGGGUCAGGUGAACACGGGCGAGAAUGGUCGUGUGGCGCUGCGGGAGGCGCAGCAAUCGCUCACGCAGCUCUUCGCGCUCAUCACCGACAUUAAGAACCGAGCCGAGAAGACGGAAGACGCGGUUAAAGAAAUUACACGCGACAUCAAACAACUGGAUUCGGCCAAAAAUAAUCUCACGUAUGCUAUCACUACGCUCAACCAUCUGCACAUGCUUGUGGGUGGUGUGGAAAACCUGAAACAGCUCUCGGAACGGCGUCAAUACGGCGAAGUGUUAAACCCGCUGCAGGCCAUCAUGGAGGUAAACCAACACUUUCAGCAGUACUCGGAGAUUUCGCAGAUACAGACACUGUCAGCGCAAGUUCAACAAAUCCAGUCCGAGCUCGCGACCCAGAUUACGGACGACGUGAAACACUACUUUUCCCCAACGAGUCACAACAGCACCAAUCGCAUGACGAUUACGCAGCUCAAGGAUGCGUGCCAGGUAGCCUCGGUGCUGGACAAGCCCGUAAAAAAGAACAUCCUUAAGUGGUACAUAAACUUGCAGCUACAGGAGUACGUACAGCUGUUUCACGAAAACCAAGACAUUGCCUGGCUGGACAAGAUCGACAAGCGGUACGCCUGGGUUAAGCGUCAUUUGUUGGAAUUUGAGGAGAAAUUUGGCACAGUCUUCCCAUCCGACUGGGAGCUGUCUGAGCGGAUUACCGUUGAGUUUUGCACCAUCACGCGCGAUGAGCUAACGAAGAUAAUGGCACGCCGGCGUACGGAGAUCGACGUGAAGCUGCUGUUGUUCGCAAUCCAGAAAACGGCAAACUUUGAGCAACUGCUUGACAAGCGCUUCAACGGCACAACAUUGGUAGAAGCCACCAGCGAGGAGGUGCGAAAAGAGCGAAACUCGUUUAAUAAUCUUAUCGGUAGCUGCUUCAAAGCGUAUCUCGAUAUCUACACCGACAGUAUUGAUCGUGAGCUUGCAGCACUAAUAGAGCAGUUUGCUCAGCAAAACCAACAGAUGGUGGUACCGAAGGAGAUCAAUCCGGGUGUGAUUCCGAACUGUGCUGAUUUAUUUGUGUUCUACAAGAAGUGCAUGGUGCAGUGUAUGCAGCUCAGCAACGAAAAGCCAAUGUACGAUUUGGUGUUGAUUUUUAAAAAAUAUCUUCGCGAGUAUGCCAACAAGGUGCUGGAGGCGCGUAUCCCAAAGCCACAACAACCGAACACGACCACUUCGUCGAUCAGCUCAAGCAUGUCGCUGCUUACGAAGGAUUUUCAAAACUUAUCCACGGCUGCCGGGCAGGUGAUACACAACUUUCUGAAGGAAGGCGAAGCUCCAAGGUUUUCAGUGGACGAUUUGCGCAAAAUUUGCUACAUCCUCGCUACCGCAGAGUAUUGUCUCGAAACGGUCCAACAACUGGAGGACAAGUUGAAGGAAAAGAUUGACAGUAGCUACCACGCAAAGGUGGAUCUGGCCGAUGAGAAGGACGUCUACCACCGGAUCAUUUCCAACUGCAUUCAACUACUGGUACAAGACCUUGACGCAGGUUGUGAGCAAUCGUUGCUGUUGAUGACCAAAAUUGCGUGGCACAGUAUCAGCAACGUCGGUGACCAGAGUGGUUUCGUCAACCAGAUCGUCACUAAUCUCCGACAGACCGUCCCGGUGAUACGAGAUAAUUUGGCCAACAGUCGAAAGUAUUAUACGCAGUUUUGUCACAAAUUUGUCAACUCGUUCAUCCCGAAGUACAUCAACACUCUUUAUCGAUUGCGGCCAACCUCUUCCGGAACAUCCGGGGCAACAACUUCCUCCACACUUACGGCAAGCGCAUCUAGUUCCAGCAUUUCUGACGGUCCAAGUGCAGGGGCAGCGCCUGGUACGGCGGCCAGUGGCGGCAACAUUCUGGGUUGCGAGCAGCUCCUGCUCGAUACGCACAGUCUCAAGACCGUGCUGAUGGAUUUGCCUUCGAUUGGCUCACAAGUGCAACGCAAACCACCGGCCAGCUACCAGAAAGUGGUCGUCAAAGGCAUGGCCAAAGCUGAGAUGAUCAUAAAAGUGGUCAUGCAACCGGUGCACCCGGCCCCACUCUACAUUGAGCAGUAUCUGAAGCUACUGCCCGAAAGCAACGUGGUAGAGUUUCAUAAGGUAUUAGAAAUGAAAAAUGUGCGUAAAAUUGAGCAGCAACAACUGGUGGAAGGCUACAAGCGGGCCUGCCCACAGCAUCAGCAAUCCCACAACUCGGCUGGAUCCGGUUCCGGAGAAAAUGGAAGUUAUGUGCCAUCGGCUAGUGAUGGAGCAACCGGCAGCAGCCACCAAUCUCAGCAAAUGGCUGCCGCAGCGGCAGCUAUCAGUGGGGCGGGUUCCAGUAUAAUGGCGUUGGGUGAUUCAUUGAUGGACAAAGGACGGAUUAGGAAGAUAGAAAAUUUAAUCAAAAAUAGGCUUCCCAACUAGAAGCAUCAU